CUUAAGUGACCAAAUUGUGCCGUAAAUUUCAACAAUAAAUACAGAACACAAUGGCUUGGGAUGCGUACAAGGACUCCCUGGAUGGCUACUAUGUUGCAGAAAUCCAGAAACGUGGGGAGAAGGGACCAAGUCAGCUCUCAAAGGUUGGGAUUUUUGGAUUAAGCGAUGGAAAUCCGUGGAUGUCGACGAACAAACCUUGGUCGUUGCAGGCUGCACCUGGUGAGAUAACAGCGAUCGCAUCGUCCUACACACAAAAUCCCAGUCCACUAGGUGGCACAGGCAUCAAACUAGGCUCUUUGAAAUUCAUGUACUUGAGGAAUGAUGAGACGACGAUAUUCGGAAAGAAGAAAGGCGUUGGAGCUCUCUGCAUUUAUAAAUCAAAAACAGCUCUUCUGGUCGUCAUUGCCGGUGAAGCUGCCCAAGCCGGAGAUCUAAACAGUGCCACCAUCAAGCUAGGAGAUUACCUCUCAUCUACUGGCAUGUAACUGUAAGAUUAGAUCAUGAACAUAGGAAACCAUUCCUACCCCUUUAUAAUCUCACAUUUUUAUUCAUCCUCGAUUUAUUCAAUCUGGCAUCAGUAAAGUGGCUUCACAUCAAAUUUGGACCGUGUACAAAUUAUUUCUCGUGAAUGAAAUACAUUCAAACAUCAGUUGGAAGACUCCAGUGUAGUAAAUGAUUGGUUUUUUUUUCUCUAUUUGGAUUUUGGACUGUGUAGAAUGUUGAAAGUUUUUAAGAUUUGAGCAUAUAAACACAGAUUUGAGCAUGUAAACACGGUCUCUGCCAUUUUUUAUGUAUUGGUACAAACUUCAUGGUUUGUAUAACAACUCUUGGCCUAACUUCAAAUAGUUUGUUCAUAAAGUCAAUGCAACUGUGCAGAGCAGCGUGUUGUACUGCUGUUUGUGAAUUGUUUGACUCCUGUCAGACACCCAUGCAGUGUAUCUCAUAACAGCCAUAUCGUCUUUUAAAACAACUCAACAAAAACAGAAAUUUACAGCUGACACAUGUUUUUUUAUUAAAGUGAUUUUUGUUUUACUGAAAUAAAACAUAUUGCCAGAUAUUGCCGCUAAUUUGACAGAUUUAAAAAAAAAAUUGUCUUCGUUGUGAUUACAUUUAUAUACAAAUUCUUGCCGAUAUGCAAAUGUAGCUCAUAGACAUUGCCAAGGAAAUAUUUUACAAAUAAUUUCACAGAAGUAUCAACUGAAUUUUUUUUUGUCAAUAAAAAUUCAUUAUCGAGACUGUAUUCAUUUGAAAAGUGAUGUGACUGAAACAAGAAUCAGGGAAAACAAUGUGUAUUUCCUGAUGUUUUAAAGAAAAACUGAAAUGAAAUGGUGUGACGGAAUUGUGCAAGUGAAAUAUGCAUUGGUUCAUAAUGAUAUAAUUUUCAUUGCUUUUUUUGUUGAGUUGUUACUUUGUUUACACAUUAGUGUUGAAAAAUUAUCAUAGAAAUUUUAUAGCAAAUCUAUUGUUUUUUAAAAUUAUUUUACAGUUUAAUUUGUAUCAUUAUUUGUUAGUCAUAAAAAAACGUGGCUCGCACGCUGCUGCCAGUAAAUCAAGGUCAAUUUCAAGAUUGAUUGUUAAUAGUUUUACAAUUUUUUUUAUUGCUAAAGAAAAUAAGAGUUUUCCACAACAGAUGCUUCCUUGGACUUGUUAAAAAAAACUUUUAGCAAAGGUGAAUAUAUGCAAAUAUCUUUUGUUCAUUUAUCGACAACAAUUAAAUGUCGUAUUCAAACACUGGUUUUAAAUUUUAUGUCACUGACCGUGACGAAAUGAUACGUUAUAAGUUCAGACGGAAAUAUUUCAAUGGAGAAAAAGGGCAUUUCAUGGUUUUUUUUUUGUGCUUCCGGUAUUUUAUAAACCAAAAAAUAUUCAUAUAAGUAUUCACUGUAUAUGGGAUUGGAAGCUAAGAGCACAAAUUUACUGAAAUUCAUUUUUAUUGCAUUGUGUCAAAAUAGUCCCAGAUCGCAGGCUACAGACAAAGAAAUGUGUCUAAACAUCAUCUUAAGGUUUAGCAUAUUAUGUCUGGACUGUGGGGGGGGGG